AUGGUUGGUCUUACGCGCCUUUUGGCCGGAACCUGGCUGUUGCCAGCUGUGUAUGGCGCCGCCACCCAAACCUCGAGUUCGGCUUAUGUCCAAACCACCCUGGACCCUGGUGUCGAUGUGGGUGCAAACCUCAUCGCCAACAUUGAUGACCCCGAGGCCGUCAAUGCACAGUCCGCUUGCCCGGGUUACCGCGCGUCGAACGUCCAUAAUAAUGCUCGUGGAUGGACUGCGACCUUGACAUUGGCGGGUAAACCAUGCAAUGUAUAUGGCACUGAUGUGAACUCGCUCAACUUCACUCUUGAGUACUUGUCUUCCACGCGUGUCAACAUUCAAAUCAGUCCUUCCCAUGUGGAUGCCUCCAACGCAUCUUGGUACUACCUCUCCGAGGACGUAGUACCGCGCCCCAAGGCCGACCAGCAGGCCUCCGCCAAGAGCAGCGAUUUCGAGGUCUCUUGGUCCAAUGAGCCAAGCUUCAGCUUCAAGAUUGCCCGCAAGGCAACUGGAGACGUCCUUUUCGACACCACGGGCUCCAAGCUGGUGUAUGAGAACCAGUUCAUCGAGUUUGUCACCGCAUUGCCCGAUGAUUAUAACUUGUACGGACUCGGCGAACACAUCCAGCAGUUGCGGUUGCUGAAGAACUCGACCUUCACUAUGUAUGCUGCGGAUACCGGCGAUCCAGUUGAUCAGAACACAUACGGAUCGCACGCUUUCUAUCUGGAUACUCGCUACUACGAAGUCAAUGACAAGGGUUCCCACACUCUGGUGUCAAGUGACCAGGCUACUACCUCCAAGAACUAUGUCUCAUACUCCCACGGUGUUUUCCUGCGCAAUGCUCACGGCCAGGAGAUCCUUCUUGGAACCAAGAAGCUCACCUGGCGUACUAUCGGCGGUAGCAUUGAUUUGACUCUCUACGCGGGUCCAACCCAGACGGAAGUGACCAAGGACUACCAACUGAGCACCAUCGGUCUGCCUGCAAUGCAGCAGUACUUCACCUUUGGCUACCACCAGUGCCGGUGGGGAUACCACAACUGGUCCGAGGUGGAGGAUGUCGUGGCUAAUUUCCAGAAGUUUGAGAUUCCCCUGGAGAACAUCUGGAACGACAUUGACUACAUGCAUGGUUACCGUGACUUUGAUAAUGACCCGAACCGCUUUUCCUAUGAAGAGGGAGCCGUGUUCUUGGAAAAGCUGCACAAGAGUGGCAUCCACUAUAUCCCCAUUGUUGAUUCUGCCCUCUACAUCCCGGACCCCAACAAUGCUUCCGAUGCGUAUGAGACAUACACUCGUGGUGCCGAAUUAGAUGUCUUCCUGAAGAACCCCGACGGAAGCACCUACAUUGGUGCUGUCUGGCCUGGGUACACCGUUUUCCCCGAUUGGCACCACCCUAAAGCCGACGACUUCUGGGCAAACGAGCUUGUGACCUGGCACAAGAAGGUUGCCUUCGAUGGUAUCUGGAUUGACAUGAACGAAGUCUCCAUCUGCCAGCCAAGCUUCUGCAGCUGCGGCCACUGGCCAGUCUGCUACUACUACCACCCCUAUCUCCGCACCACGCCUACUCCGGGCGUCCGAGACGUGAACCACCCCCCAUACGUGAUCAACCACGCUCAGACUGGCCACGACCUUGCGGUGCACGCUGUCUCUCCUAACGCAACUCACUCUGAUGGUGUCCAGGAGUACGACGUUCACAGUCUGUAUGGUCACUCCAUCAUCCGUGCCACCUACGAGGGUCUCCGCAAGGUCUUCCCUGAGAAGCGUCCCUUCAUCAUUGGCCGCUCGACCUUUGCUGGAACUGGUAAAUGGGCCGGCCAUUGGGGUGGUGAUAACAACUCCAAAUGGUCAUACAUGUUCUGGUCCAUUCCUCAGGCUCUUCAGUUCUCCCUGUUUGGUGUCCCUAUGUUUGGUGUUGACACUUGUGGCUUCAAUGGCAACACUGACGAGGAGCUCUGUAACCGUUGGAUGCAGCUGUCGGCCUUCUUCCCCUUCUACCGCAACCACAAUGUGCUCUCUGCCAUCAGCCAGGAGCCCUACCGGUGGGCUUCUGUCGCUGAAGCUUCCAAGGCCGCCAUGAAGAUUCGUUACGCGAUUCUCCCGUACAUCUACACCUUGUUCCAGCAGGCGCACACCACCGGAUCAACAGUUAUGCGCGCUCUGGCCUGGGAGUUCCCUAACGACCCCUCCCUGGCAGCUGUGGACACUCAAUUCCUCCUCGGACCUUCCAUCAUGGUGGUCCCCGUCCUCGCACCUCAGGCGACCACCGUCAAGGGCGUUUUCCCCGGCAUCAAGCAGGGUGAGGUUUGGUAUGACUGGUACACUCAAACCGCUGUCAACGCCGAGCCCCAUGUCAACACCACCAUCGCUGCUCCGCUGGGCCACAUCCCCGUGUUCGUGCGCGGUGACAGCAUUCUCCCCAUGCAGGAGCCUGCCUUGACUACCCGUGACGCUCGCAACACCCCCUGGACCCUUCUCGCCGCCCUUGGCGACAAGGGAACUGCCUCGGGUGAACUGUACCUCGAUGACGGAGAAAGCAUGGAGCCCAACGCUACGCUGACAGUCACGUUUAAGGCUACCAAGUCCAGCCUCAGCGCCGAGCCCCGUGGAAACUGGCAAGAGAAGAAUGCUCUUGGCAAUGUUAACGUGUUGGGUGUCACCCACAAGCCUAAUGGCGUGACUCUCAACGGCAAGACCGUCCCAGCCGCGUCUGUUCACUACAAUGCUACUUCACAUGUCAUGUCGGUCACCGAUCUCCAGGAGAUGACAUCGAAGGGAGCGUUCGCAAGCAGCUGGAUCCUGAAGUGGUAA